CUUCGUCAGUAACCCCAAAGAGGUAGGUUUGAGCUUUCGCAAACCGCCACUGCAGCGAUGGAAGCAAACAAAUCUGUUGAGAUUUUGUCUUUCCCCUUUCGUUCCCAGCCCUCUUAGGCAAACAGUCCUGAGCACAGGGUUUUCUUCAAUUCUCCCGCAUCCACACUGCAACCAGGUGCAAGUCUUUCCUAGGCUAUAGACAGCCCGCCUCCCCACGAUACCUUCUGCGGACCGGCUGCCCCUGGCCUCGGCCUGGGUGGGCGGUUGGUGCUCGCGCCGCCCCUACCUUCCCCUGGGGCCCUGGAGCGCCGCGCUCUGGGUGUGUGUGUGUGCGCGCGCGCGGGUUUGGUGGGGAAAUCUCCUUCAGUGGAAGCUGCUGAGUGUCGUUGGCGGAAAGUAUCCUGGAGCCCAGCAAAAGCCUCCAAAGCACUAGAGCUUCCCUAAAGAAAAGCAGAAUAAAAGAAAGACAAGAAGGGAACCCCGUUCCUCUAAAGCUCGGGUUUCCAAUAGUCCCGAAUCCUCCUGGAGUUGGGCGAAGGCGCAGUUGGCAGCAGCUGCUGCUGACACCCGGACUUGGAAAGGCGGUGUUCCCCCCUUUCGCGAGGAGGGAGGCAGGGACUUGCAGGCAAGAGUUGCACCUGGUCUAGGAACCUGCAGAGAAAAGAACUCUGGGGAGAAGAACGGCCCCGGAGAGCAGCAGCCACCCUCCGACCAUGCCCCGGUGAGGGGGGCGGACUUCGAGGGCAACUUGCCGCGGACUGCCUGGGCUUAGCCAGCGAGCUACGCGCUCCCGGGAGCCCGGAAUUGCACGGCGCGGCCCGGCGGGGGGCUAUCGUCUAUGUCUUCUUGGGGCGCCAGGCGAAUCGGGGUCUCGUUUUUGCUGGAAGAGCCCAGUGUUGGUGGCUUCAGGUGGCUGCCGCCGCCGCCGCCGCCGCCGCUGCUAGUGCGGUUUCCGCUGCUGGUGCGAAGAGAAGAGACACGCGAGCGGGGAGACCUCCGAGGCAGCGAGGCAUCGGACAUGUGUCAGCACAUCUGGGGCGCACAUCCGUCGAGCCCGAGGGGAGAUUUGCCGGAACAAUUCAAACUGCGAUAUUGAUCUUGGGGGUGACUGUCCCUGGCCGGCUGUCGGGUGGGAGUGCGAGUGUGCACUCGCUCGGAAGUGUGUGCGCGUGUGUAUGUGUGUGUGCCGUGUCGGGCUCCCCCCUGCCCCCCCUGUUUUCCCGUCGAGUGAUGCACUUGGAAUGAGAAUCAGAGGAUGGAAAUAGUCUGGGAGGUGCUUUUUCUUCUUCAAGCCAAUUUCAUCGUCUGCAUAUCAGCUCAACAGAAUUCACCAAAAAUCCAUGAAGGCUGGUGGGCAUACAAGGAGGUGGUCCAGGGAAGCUUUGUUCCAGUUCCUUCUUUCUGGGGAUUGGUGAACUCAGCUUGGAAUCUUUGCUCUGUGGGGAAACGGCAGUCGCCAGUCAACAUAGAGACCAGUCACAUGAUCUUCGACCCCUUUCUGACACCCCUUCGCAUCAACACGGGGGGCAGGAAGGUCAGUGGGACCAUGUACAACACUGGAAGACAUGUAUCCCUUCGCCUGGACAAGGAGCACUUGGUCAACAUAUCUGGAGGGCCCAUGACAUACAGCCACCGGCUGGAGGAGAUCCGACUACACUUUGGGAGCGAGGACAGCCAAGGGUCGGAGCACCUCCUCAAUGGACAGGCCUUCUCUGGGGAGGUGCAGCUCAUCCACUAUAACCAUGAGCUAUAUACAAAUGUCACAGAAGCUGCGAAGAGUCCAAAUGGAUUGGUGGUAGUUUCCAUAUUUAUAAAAGUUUCUGAUUCAUCAAAUCCAUUUCUUAAUCGAAUGCUCAACAGAGAUACUAUCACAAGAAUAACAUAUAAAAAUGAUGCAUAUUUACUACAGGGGCUUAAUAUAGAGGAACUAUAUCCAGAGACCUCUAGUUUCAUCACUUACGAUGGGUCGAUGACUAUCCCACCCUGCUAUGAGACAGCAAGUUGGAUCAUAAUGAACAAACCUGUCUAUAUAACCAGGAUGCAGAUGCAUUCCUUGCGCCUGCUCAGCCAGAACCAGCCAUCUCAGAUCUUUCUGAGCAUGAGUGACAACUUCAGGCCUGUCCAGCCACUCAACAACCGCUGCAUCCGCACCAAUAUCAACUUCAGUUUACAGGGGAAGGACUGUCCAAACAACCGAGCCCAGAAGCUUCAGUAUAGAGUAAAUGAAUGGCUCCUCAAGUAGGGAACAAAGCCAAGAAGAAUCCCACCUCAGUGAAAUGCUACAACUGUGAAUUGACGUAACCUAGAAUGUCCCCCUUCUUGCUUCUCUCUCCUUCUUUCCCCCAAGCCUCAUUCAUUCUUGGGAUUGGCCCUUUCUUCAUGAAAAGUGUCUGCAAAACCAUGGCAGAGGAAUACAUCUCUCAUACACUCACAAACACACACACAAGCACUUGCACAUACAUACACACACAUGCAAACAUACCUAUACACACUCUCUUACAACCUCCAUCAUGGGAAGUCAAGUUUCAGAAACAAAAGUCUCAUUCAUAAGGUCUUAGAAGAAAAUAACCAGUUAACCUGAUUACAAUUUUGAUACUGUUUUCCUGAACUAAUAAAUCUACCCAAUGAGACUUUUCAGCCUUUGUACAUACAAAAUUCUUCCAAAAGAGAGAGAAAAUACAGCUCUGAUGACAUCAAACGGACUUUGCAUCAAGUAAUUUCAGAUAGUGUCCUAGGAUCCUUUGAGGGUGUUGGUAGCAGGUGAGCAGGACAAAGUUGACCAAGGACACUUAUUUCUAGAUUAUGAUUCUUCUGUUUACUCAACAAUUUAAAAAGAAAAAAAAAAGGACAGACAUUGAAGAGCUACACAUUGUAUAUAUAUCACCACAGACUAUAAAGAAAUGGAAUUAUUUCCCUCUUUGUCACAUAUCUGUAGUAGGAUUUGCCAAGAUCAGAAAUGACUCAUUUGCUGUUUCUUGUUUUCCAAAGGUCAUACAUUGUGUUUGGUUAUUGUUACCAGCUCAAUAAAUGUGUUUAACGAGUUAAUUUCAUUUUUCUGGCUUUGGUCUAUUCUCCUUCCUUACAGGCUAAGCCCUGGCUCCAUGCAACUGCAUUCUUUGAUUUCACUUGUUCCUUCAUCUACGUGUUUUGUUCAUUUGCAGCCAGUUUUUACUGAGUUUGUGGCAAUCAGGAAUGCAUUUGCUAAGCAAGUAUAACUUUAAUUCCACUCCAUGGCUCGAUCAUUCACAUGAGGUGAGCUUCAGCCUGAGAUAGCAGGCGACAGAUUUCUUGCGUUUCAAAACUGCCAUGCCCCCCUGUGAUGCUCCCGUGAAGGAAUGCACUUUGCCUUGUAAGUUCCUGGGAAAGGGGUAUCUUUUCUCUCCAGGUGCAGCCAGAUCUCACAAAGUACAAACGAAUGCCUUUCUUUUCUUGUUUAUAAUGGUCACUCACUGUGUUUGGUUACUGUCAAGAAAUCAAUAAAUGUGUUUAACAAGUUACCCAGUA